AGAAUGUACAAGUAAAAAAUUAGUGGAAGAGAAAGGCCGGGGAAGCAAAAAUGGAGGAAGCUACCUGAGGAUCAUGAUGUAUAUACACAAUGAAAUGUGAUUAGUUGAGAGCCAUUACCAACAAAAACCAAAAAAUAAAGAAACUCAAACCAGAAAUGUACGUAAAGGGAACGUUUUGUUCCGAUUGGUACCCAAUCUGAAAUAAACGAAGAAGAAGAAGAGAUCAUAUCCUACAUGAAUACGAUCCGCUAGUUACAAUUUCUUAAAUUUGACGUUAAUUAAUUGAUUUGUGACCCUUUUGUUGUGUGAGAGCAUGGUACUUGGGAUGCAUGCAUUGAAUGGAGGCAAUAAGAAGGCGUCCACGGCGAUGACGAUGAUCACGGUGGUGGUGGUGAUGGCGGCGAUGGGAAUAGAGAGGACAAAUGGGCAGACAACGGCGUUAUCAUCUUCGACGGGAGCAUCAUAUAUGUGUGUGGAGGCAUGUAUGCCGAUGUGCAUGAAAUUGGACGGGGCAGUCACGGCGGCUUGUCAUGCCGGGUGUACUUUAGGUUGUGACCAACUCAAAGGUAAAGGUCGUAAUCUUGCUGUUGCUUCUUCUACGUCUCCUGAUGACCCUCUCUAGCUUCUUUUCCUUCUUCUCCUAUUUUUGUACUAUAUAUAGUGUGUUGUAGUAACAUUAUAAAUUAGUAACAUGCAAUCAUUUAAAACAAUACUGUUUUCUCGUCUUCUAUGGAUA